GAUUCCAUGGUGAUGACCUCCGAGGUCAAUGUACCAGUAAAUUUUCUCCCAUGUGAUGUGUGCUAGUUGCUGAGGAAACUGGGUUCCUCUUAUUCAGUGGUGGGAUUAUUCAAAUCUAUUAAGUUAAACUGAAAUCAAUCCUAACAGUAAGGCAUAUGUAGAAGGCAUCAAAGUAGGGGACAUUAUAGAAUCACUCAACGGACAGAAGACAGAAGGACUAUUACACAAUGAUGUCCAGCAACUCAUCAAGAUUGCCAGUGGAGAGCUAGCACUAGAACUCAAAAAAUCUGGAUCAGCAGUCAUGAAUGGUCAGAUGAACGGAGACCUUCAUAACCAUUCUUUAGAGAAUGUCUCAGGGAUUUUCCGAGCCACCCCACGAUUGAUCGUGGAGCCACAAUGUGGAGGGAUUACUAGGUCAUCCAAUAAAACCAUGGAUACUAGUCACUAUGGAGAUGGCCUUGCAUCUAAAUCUUUUUCUUCUGUUUGGUCCCCUAAGGGGGAGGUUACCACCAAGUCGUACAAACCAGUGUCUUUUGCCAACAAUCGGGUAGCCACAACCAACACCACCAACAGUACCACCUCUGCCCGCCCAACCAUGUCAUCUUCUAUCACAGUUAACUCAAGUUUUGGUCAAAUAUCCAGGUCUGUCCCAUCAAGCCCUAGAUUUAGGUCCAAACUCAUGGUCCCUUUAUCACCCAAACCUCUGCACAGGAUCAGGGAUUCGUCAUGGGACAGAUCCUCCCCAAGUCUCUGGUCCUCAAUGUCCAAUUACACCAGCGACUCAGUCCGGUCCACACCGGUCAGUUCACCAGCCAACCAGCGUCGUCAAUUUCCCAAACCUAAGCCUCCUCCUAAACCCAAGAGUAAACCAAUUCCUAUAACAGGUUCUAAGAGUCUGCCAGAUGUAGAUUCUAUGAGUAAUUUCACUACACCUAGUGCCUCCCCUGGUAGUUCUUCCAAAGGUCUGGACCUUUUCUUCCGGCAGAUGGAAAAAAUUUCAAAAUUAAGCAGCGAUGAGCAAGACCCAUCACAGGUAGAUGAGCAGUCACAGACCAUCAUGUCUCUAUCACCAGAGCCCCCAUCAAUGUUUGCAGAUGCAAAACCACGUGAACUGAAAAUUCAACACAUGAACACCCCUAAAAACUUUCAACAUAUGGGCUCUCCUCAAAGCAAUCAACCUGUUACUAGAGAAAUAAAAAUUGAGCACCACCCACCUUCACAUGGUAGGGAAAUCAAAAUACAGAGAGCAACACCUCCGUCACAUGGAAAAAUCCACAAUGUGGUCUCAUCUCCACAAACUCCAACGUAUGUCAAAGUGGAUAGGAUGGAUGGCACACCUACCUCAGUGAUCAACAUUGAGAACAGAAGUCCAGGCACGGACUCAAAGCAACAGAGCUUCUCAAGUGAGGCAACUUUCAACCCUGCCCAAGGGGACACUGGUUCUUCUGCUAACUUGAAUGCCUCAGAGAGUGCACACUCUCCAAGAAAAGUCCAUGAAAUUCCAAUUCAGUAUUCAUUUACUCCUCCCAAACAAAGCAAUUCUGCAGGUAUGCCAACAAGUCAUUCAACUCCAAAAGAACAUCCUGUGAAAAUUGAACAGUCUAUUCCACAUGAAAAGUUUGUUCAUAUUGAACAAGCGGCUCCACCAGAAGAGAAAGUGGAGGUGGAACGUCCUGUUCCAAUACAUCAUUCAUUCAGACAGGAACAUCCAGUUGCUCCUGUUGAAAAGUCAGUUAAAAAACAGGUUCCAGUACAGCAUUCAUUCAAAACAGAGCAACCUGUUCCCAUGGAGGAACCAAUUGAGCCAAUUGUGGCAAAGAAACCAGAUCCCAUUUCACAAAUAUUUAAAAAGGAACAUCCACAUGAUAUUUCCAUGGAGUUGGAGUGUCCUUUGCCUGCAAAACUAAAUCCAUCUAGAGGUCACAAUCUUCCUCUUGAAAAUUCCGUUCCACUGACCAUACAGACAUCUUCUGUUCCAGAGACAAGGAAUUCCAUCACUGAAGAAACCAGGUCACAUGACUCUGGAAUAACCAGUCGUGGAUCCUCUUGGCAGAGUGAAAACUUUGGGAAAGGGCAGACUGGCAAUUACAGUCCUGGUUCUUAUUCAACUUUACCUGUGAGGAAAUCACAGCAGAAAGUUAUAGCAGAGCCGGACUACGAUGAUGCAGAGUUUCAUUCUUAUUCAUCUCAUCCAGGUUUUAAGAAAAAUGAUGGACAUAGAGGCUAUGAAAGUGAGGCAGAAUUUGGCAGGAGGGGGGACUUUCGAUCAAAGUGGGCCCCAAAUAAAAUUCAGCAACCAAUAAAUGAGGGAUAUGCCACUGAUAUAGAUUUUUUUGUGAGAGAUAAUCGUAACAUUGGAAAAGCACCUGCAAAAUCCACCACUAAGCCUUUCCAAGUAGGCAAAGGUCCUAAGCCAUUUGAAAGAGACUACAUGUCAGAUUUAAAUAACAUAACCCAGGAACUGAUGUCUGGGGUUGAUGCCUACUUUGGUUCAAAAGGAAAACCUUCACAAAAACCUGCAGAAAAAGAUGCAGGUUUUCCAUCUCCCCAAAACAGUCAACAAGAUGCAUCUCUAAAGGACAGUCAGAAUUUUUCUCCUCAUAGAAACGACCAAAAUAUGACAUCCCCCAGAGAAUACCAAAGCCAGGACAACAGCUUAAGUAGCAGCUACAAAGAUCCAGCUCCAGAACCAAAGCAGGUAGAUUUAGGGAAAAAGAUUGGAAGUUUAUUUUCGAGUCCAACAAAGCCAGUGUUGGAGACCUCAGAUAGUGAGAGCUACCCACGUUUACCAGUACCAGAGGGAUUUGAAGACUCUGGGAGUGAAGCUGUGGUAGAGGACCUAGGGGACAAAGAAAGGAUGGCAGCCCCCAGAUUUGUACAACUAAAGGUUCACCAUGAGGAAACCCCUCCCAGUACUCCUUACUGUGAUAAACAUGGUUCAGUGGAUGAGCACAGAGAUGAUUAUCUACAGCAGCCAAAGCAGUUCAGUAACCUAGAUAAACCAGAACCAUUGUCGUACUUUGAACAGCAGAAAACUAGAUCCCCCAAGUCCCCUACCUCUCCUCUAGUAAAGAGUACCCCUUCUAUCUGGAAACCAGGACAGGGCCCCUCCCUGGUCAAGAAGGAGUAUAAGCCAGUGCGACUGGACACCUCACCCAAACCAGACAAACGGUUCAACCAAAAGAAGGAAGAGCAGCAAAUAAUCCCCCCACCUGCAGAGGAGAGCUUCACCAGUCGUUCUGCAGCAGAUGAUGACAGCAGUAUGACAGACAGUGUGCUGUCAGGUCACUCUUAUGGGGCUCCAACCUUCACCACUGCCUCCCCUACCAUUAGCACAGACACUGCCCCAUCCAACACCCUAGCCCAGCAUAGCCACAUGAAUGGAGGCAGGGACAGGGACAUGGAUGGCCUUCACUACCAUCAAGAGGAACCCAGUGUCAGUCGAUUGCCUUCUACCCAAAGUCCCUAUGUGACACUGCUGCAGAAAAACAGAGAGAAUGGCUUUGAGGAUUUGAUCUCAGAACAACCACCUGUCAUUGUGACCCAGGAGGGGCAAAUUCCUAAAGGUGCAAUAUAUAUCUCGGAGCAAAGCUCAAUAAACGGAGGUGUGAAAACCACUGAUACAUACUAUGCAAUGCCUUCUAAAGAGGAAAUCACAGACUCUGAAAUAGUGGAGAGAAAACCAAAGAAAUAUGAUGGAAUUGGACCAGUUGAUGAAAAAGGAAUGCCACUAGCAUUUAGAAUGAAUGUGGAUGAAGAGAAGCAACAUGACUGGUACAAACAAAUGUUCAAAAGUCUUCACAAGACCGGCAAAAAAGAAGAUCUUGAAGAGUUUGCUAGACUAUUGGAUUGUCUUUUUCAAGAUGAAGAUUCAAACACCUAUACACCAACCUACAAGUUUCCAGUGGAAAAGGAAACGCCAAAGCCAAAAGAUCCAGAACCCACUAGUCCUAAACUUGUUGUAAAAGAGGAAACAAUUACUAAAGAGAAUCCUUACCGCCCAAGUUAUGAACUCCCAUCCAAAUUCACAAGCUCUGCCACCUUACCAAAGUCAUCAACACCACCAGCAAAGUCUCCAUCUGUAGCUGAAGCCAAGAAAUCAUUUGAGCAAAAGAGGGACACAUUUUCUGGGAAACCUAAACAUGACAUAGAUGCUGGAUACAGAUCUGAACCUGAACUCAGCCACAGAUUAAAACAAAGAACAAAGAGUUUGUCUGAUGUCAAGAGUAGAGAACCUCGAUCAAUAGACUAUGAAAUGCCUAAAGACUUGCAAGAUUUCAUCAAAUAUUUGGAUGAGUGGUCACCACCACAUGUUCGUUCUAAGAUCGAGGUCUAUAGGAACCAACCACGCAGUAUUGUAGACUACGAACCAGGAUUCUCCUCCAUUGCUUUCCAAGAGAGCAAAGUGAGUACCACAGGGAGGAUAAGAUCAAAAUCUACUAGUAGCCCCUUCGCUACCUUUGAGCAUAAGUGUCGACAGGAACGAGAAGAAAAGGGUAUUGUCCACAACCCACCCAUAGAGAAACCAGGACAAUUCAGUAGAUACACAGAGGGAAAGAAACAAGGAUCCACCCCUCUCAAUCUCAAGGAUGAGGGGGAGGAAGACAAAGAUGCUGCCUACAAGCGUGUCCAGAAAGGAGGAGAUAUUCCCAUCAAGGGUCUGCACAUGCCUGCCCCAGAGAAACCAUCAAAAAAGAAAGCAGAACAGGACCAGACCAUGCCUCCAAAAGUCCCUCCUUCUCCCCAAUCACCUCAGCAGCUCAUCCCCCAUUUCCACAAUGUAUAUGAACCAGUUGUUGUCAGGGUCAAUAACCACCCUGGUUCUUCCUUCAUUAGUGGGGCCCCUGCCCCUCCUAUACGGAAGCAUCCCAUCACAAUAGGAGGGUACAAGUUCAAGUUGCCAAGGCAACGUAGUAGUCUGUCUGCAGCCGAACAGCUAGGGGUCACAAGUCCUUCCCCAAUCAAAUCCAAUGGAGCCUUCAAGCAUCCAACCACAGAGCAGAAGAAAGCCACAAUGAGCGCAGACCCUAAGUACGUUCGUCGUAAGGAGGAAGAGGAAGAGUACAGAAGACAACGACUGGAACAACUUUACCAGGAGGAAAGAAGACGCAAAAUACUACAGGAGGAGGCUGAUCUGGAAGCCAGGCGUCAUAACGACUUCUUCACCUACCCUAAUAACAUAAAUCCAGAUCCCAUGAUGACCCCAUCUCAGAAAUCACCGAUACCUGUUGACCGGUUUGAUGAGCCAAUGACCGUCACAGCUAAGUAUGGAGUCCCAGCAGACAGAAGAAGAGGCUUCCAAAUCCAGGGCAAGGCCAAGGCUUUGUACACCUUUAAUGCUCAAAAUCCCAGGGAACUUUCAUUCAAGAAAGGUGAUAUCUUGUACCUCCUUCGGCAAGUGGACAGGAACUGGUUUGAAGGGGAGCAUUAUGGCAGGAAGGGAAUUUUCCCCAGUAAUUAUGUAGAGGUGAUCACAACAAUAGAACAGGCACAAGAAGCAGCCAGGCAGUCUGAGGGACAGGCCAGGGCCAGAUUUAACUUCAAUGGACAAACUAAUGUAGAGUUGUCCUUACGCAAGGGAGAAAUAGUGACUUUGUUAAGGAGAGUAGAUGAGAAUUGGUUUGAGGGAAGAUCUGGUAACCGCCAGGGAAUAUUUCCUGUGGCGUAUGUAGAGGUGUUAAAUGAACCCUCCACACCUCUGGUGACCCCAGCACCCUCUGUUAUCACUACACCAAUGACAGGUAGAGGUACACCAGAGAUGCUAUCCCCUGUUAGUAUGGAGGCUCCCACCCCUCCUCCACAGCCCUCCCCAGGGGCAUUUUCACCCAAAUCACCAGCAGGCUACAGAUCUGGAUCAAGACAGAAUGACAUCACUCCCCAUCAUGUGCAAGGCUAUCAUGCCACCCCAGGGCUAGAAAAGACUAUGUCACCCCGUUACUAUGAUAGAAUGGACAAUGGACAUGCCCCUCAGUUCAAUGGGGGUGAUUCUUACCAGUAUUCACAACAACGAUCACGGCAGAGUCCCGGGACGGGCCGAGGUCCGCUGUCCCCGGUACAAACAGACAGACAGAUGGGAUAUUCUCCCAGUGCUAAUAAAAACUAUGUGGAGAACAAUAAUGAUUUCUAUAGGAAUAAGAAUGUAGAUGAGGAUUUAGCCUUAAGUAGAGAAAUGCUUAAUUUGAUGGUUGUGGGGGAUAUUGUGUAUGAACGAUAUCGAGCUAUUUAUGCAUAUAAACCUAUGAACGAUGAUGAGUUGGAACUAUGGGAGCAAGAUGAUGUGUAUGUAAUGGAAAAAUGUGAUGAUGGAUGGUAUGUAGGGACCUCAUGCCGGACGGGAAUGUUUGGAACCUUCCCAGGAAAUUAUGUACAACGAAUUCAAUGACACAGGUGAAAGGUUUUGUUGGCCACUAACUGCUUACAAGUAUCAUCCAAUCAAAGUCACAUUAUAGUUAUCCAUACAAGGGACAGGUCAAGCCACAGAACAGUCAAAAGUGUGGCUAAGUUGCCAAAUGUUGCCAUAGUUCCUUACAGAUGACUCUCUAAUGUAGUUGAUCAGUUAGUCCAAAUUGUAUUUUUAUGUUUCGAUUGAAAAGAAUCUUCGCUGUAUAAAAUUUUCAAUAUUUAUUGUCUGUUUUAAUAAUUCUGAUAAUAUUUAGUUUGACUGACUGACAUGUGUUCAACACAGAAUGCACUUAAGUUUUUAAAGAUGCUGUAGUAUCAUACGGGGCAUAAAAAAGAAUUACCGGUAUUUUGUCACAUAUCGGAACAGAAAACAUUAUAUACAAGAUCUUUUCCACACUUUCUGCAAUUUUGAUGACAAUCUUAUCUAUAUCAUUAAUGUUAAUGAAAUAAUAAAAAGGGGAUUGUUGAAAACUGAUGGCAUUUAUUGCAGAGUUAAAACAAAAAAAAAGAUUGAGUCAUUCUAUUAUAAGAGGCAUUUAGUCCCAUUGACAGAAAUUUGUACCUGUACAAGUAAAAAUACUCAGUCAUAUUACAUCAACAUCCAACAGAACAUGGUUUAUUAAGAUUCUUUGACAUUUUCAAACUCCAAAUUAAUAUUCUUGGCAAGUCCUAUAAUUAUGCUUAUGUAGCAUUGUACAAUACCAAGCUUUUUGUGAUUAUUUUGGGAGUGAUUGAAAUGAGUGACGAGUGCUGUCGAAUGGCUGAAAUAUUUUAUAUACAUUUAAAAUGUAGGUUUAAAUAUAUAUGCUGACGUUAUUCUACAAAUGACAAAUGUGUCGCCUUCUUCUGGUGGCUCAUUUCAACUGUUUGAUUUCCCUUUUUUAGAGUACUUUGUAAUUUAGUUGUGAAGGAUAUUUUAAUGGCAUGUUAAUUUUCUGACUGGUUAUAGGCUGUGUUUGUUUUCCCUUCAGAAAAAAAAAAUGAAGUAUUAUGCUAGAGAAAGAUUUAAUAUCGACUCAUAUAAAUGUGCUUUUUUUAAAUUCAUGCCUAAAUCUACAAAAUAUCUUUGUUGUAGUAUUAAUUUGCUUUUCAUAAGAACUGGGAUAGUUUAUUUCACUUAUUAUAUAAUUAUGUGUUUUUACUACUCAACUUUCGUUGGGUCAGGUGGAUGCUAGGAUCCUAAAUUGUGCAAUAAACAAUUUCACCUGUUAAAAUGAAAUGGAGACACAAAAAAGUAUUAUUUAUAUUUCCUGUUGUUUUCCCCUCCUUAUUCAAUAUUGUCUUCGAUGUAUAUUGCAUUUUUCACUGUCUGAUUAUGGAAGUAGAAAAUUAAAGAGUUAUCCUCCCUGAUCCAACAAGUUUCAUUUUUUCAUGCAUUUCGUCCGUUAUUUUGUACCUCACAUCAUUUUGGUUGUGUUUAAUUAUAAAGUAAAAAGUAUUUUGUUGGAUGUUAGAUUUCAUAUUUACGUUACAUGCUUCAUUUUUUCGUGUAGCAUAUUUGUUAAUAUUUCAUUAAGUUAUUUAUAAAAGAGUUGACAUGUCUCCAUGACAAUUAAGCCACUUGUUUUUAUUAUUACCUUGCCACAGCCUCAUGUAUUUAUAGUCAGAUUGUGACAAGGUUUAUUCAUAAUUUCUCCCGUUUUCGUUUCAUAGGGAGAUAGACAUAUUUCUUAUGCAACUUAGGGGAGUAAAUUCAAAGAACUACAUAAAAUCCUAUGUAAUUUUGAUAAUGAAAAUUAUUUGAGUGACAGUGAAAUAUGAUAUUCAAAUUAAAUACACAAUUUUUUUUUCAAAAUUAGUGAAGUUGUCAUGGAGACUUGUCUGCUAAGCAGGAUAUUUAGUAGCUGUGCCUACAGUAGCUAUGGAUAUAUGUUUUAUACACCACCUUUUUGUUGCUACCAUAGAUGAACCUUUUUUGGUGCAUGAAAUAAAAUCUAAUGUCUAGAUCA